AUGAUGCGCAAAGCCCAACACACUUUAUUGUCGCCUGCAUCACAUUCCAUGCAUCCCUGACCUUUACUGAGAUCAGUUUUGUCCCGGUUGUCACAUCUGAUAUACCUGACCCCUCAUUCAAAUCCUCGUUCCUGGCCAGUUCCGUCCGGCGCCCUCAGACGCUGCUGGUAGACUCCAUUCAAAAUGGCGAACGACUCGCAGCGUCCAGAGCCUUCACCUUAUGGCGGUUUAAUAGUGAACGAAACCCCCAAAUUUGAUCUUCAAUCUUACAUCUCCAAUUAUCGAGGUCGAACAGUCUUCAGACGACUACACCUUAUAGCGUCAUGCUCGCCCGUCCUCGCCGAAGAAGCCUCGCGAUUGGCAGUUCUGGAAGCCAAAAAGGGCAGUGAUGUUAGAAACUACACUGAAGCCGCGGCUCUUUACAAGAAGGUCGCAAGAGACUCCUCAACCGAUGUGCUAGAUCCUACCUGGGCGACCAAACAGGAGAAGAAGAACAAUGCAGAGACGGCCAGACUUGAGAAUGAGCUGAAAGGCUAUAAGAAUAACCUGAUUAAAGAGAGCAUCAGAAUGGGGAAUGAAGAUCUAGGAACACACUAUCACUCCAUUGGGGACCUUAACAAUGCCCUCAAAGCCUACUCACGCAUGCGAGACUAUUGCACAACCCCUGCCCAUAUUGCCUCGACGGCAUUCCGGAUCAUUUCGGUUUCCAUCGAACAGAAGAGCUGGCUGGCUGUUAAUGCACAAGUCACCAAGAUUCAAAAUUUGCAAAUGAAGGCCGAUGAAAAUACACGCAACGUUCCCAAAACCUAUGCAGCCAUGGGUCUCAAUCAGAUGGCUUCGGCUGAGUAUCGACUUGCUGCAAACAGCUUCUUGAACUGUGAUUCAUCUCUGGGCGACAGCUACAAUGAUGUUCUCACCAGCAAUGAUGUCGCAGUCUAUGGUGGGCUGUGUGCUCUGGCGUCCAUGUCUCGAGCCGAGCUUCAGACCAAGGUUCUCGAAAAUGCCAAUUUCCGCAACUUCCUCGAAUUGGAACCUCAUAUUCGCCGUGCCAUUACUUACUUCUGCGCCAGCAAGUACAGUCAAUGUCUCGAGAUUCUGGAGUCUUACCGUGCAGACUAUCUACUGGAUCUUUACCUGCAGCCUGUCAUCACGGACCUCUACAACAAGGUGCGGACAAAGAGUAUCAUUCAAUACUUUCAACCUUUCAGCAAGGUCACGCUGGCAAACAUGGAGAAAAUCUUUGGUAGUCCUGCACCCGUUCGUGCACCGACGGGCAACAAAGUUACGCAACAGACUUUUAUUGAGGAGAUUAUCAGCUUGAUCGAGACUGGCAAACUUGAAGCGCUGAUUGAUCUCGAAUACGGUACUCUCAAUGCCAUUGAGCGUGACCCUCGUGCAGAGGCUCAAGAAGAAGCUCUCAACAUGAUUGAUGCCUUUACACGGGAGGCUAGACUGAAGUUGAUCCGGUUGCAAGCACUGACUGCAGGUUUGGAGGUCAAGUUUCCAGUUCGCAAACAACGAACUUGGGACGCAGAGGAUGAUUUGAGUGGUUAUGGUGACAAUGCUUCCCAAGGCCAAUCUGGACUUACUAGUGGCGGCGGCGACGGUCUUCAAUCUUUCUCCCAAAAGGUCGGAUAGUGUCAGCCACACAAGAGACAGAAAACGAACUUGUCCUAGGUCUCUCAAGAUGGGAAGCAUUGGUGAGGAAUGCUAUUCUUGCAGCCUUUUGUCCUCGUUACCAUCAGGAUACAUUUCCCGAUUACUGACGCUUGCCUAUGGGUAACAAGGUCCAUAGAAGUAUCAAUCACAUGCGAAACGAUCGUGCAUGGCCUACUAAUCCAAACAGCAUUGUCCUGGAAAAGAGACAACAACCAAUCCAAUCAAGACGUCGGCACUGUAUAUCUCCAGCUUUUCCAUGGGCAGAAGAUCCAGGUGACGCCACCGACUCACAGAAGCCAGCUGGAACAAUCCUCGAGAAUCCUCGAUGCAGGAUCAACACGAGAAUCAAUUGGACGUCGGGUCGCAACAAUUGGCCAUUGACAAUUUACUAGCAAGCAUUCGUCUCUUUAAAGGUCAUGGUUUGCUAGCGAAACAGAACAGACCGUCGCCAAUGACAAUCUGUCAAGACAUCUGACCAACGUGACUGGGUCAUUGUCGCUUCACGGCCCCAAGGUCCAAAUCACUCGGCAUGGCUUGCCUACAGCAAGUAAGAUGGUAAUUAUUGGGCUUGUCUUUUGCUAUCCACAAAAUGAUGGGUGUGAUGUGGUUGUUUGUGGUUGGAUUCGGAGGGAGCGCCACUUCAGACACCGCCUCCUAACGAGUUAUGGUUCCUGUCAGAUCCAGGAACCUCGAUCCUUACAGCAUCCAAGACGAUAGAAUCUUAGUUAUUGUAGCCAAACAGUUACGUUAAAAGCA